CAUGCCUCUUGUUCUACAAAGUGCAGAGGCAGACUAGUGACCAAAUUUUGCAUAUAAAAGCAUGAAGUGAUAGUUUUUACAUGUAAUGUAGCUGCAUGAAUAGUUUAUAGGUUACAGAAGAAAUAUGUGGCGGCUGAAAGCAGUCAGACACAAAUCCAGUGUCUCUGUUAAAGAUCUGGAGGAGUUUAAGCAGAAGAGAAGAGAACAUGAAAAAGUCCUGAGACAGGCCAGGAGAGACAGACAGCUGGUCAGUAAGAGGCUUCUGCUAAAUGAAGAAGAGCAGGAGAAAGACCUGAUGGAAACAAACUGUGCUCCUUUCUCUGAAGACCAGGUUCGGGAGAUGCUACACAAUGCACAGCGUGGUGGAGAAGAGAAAGCUGCUCAUCUGGCGACGCUGAGAAAGGCGCUAAGAGACCCUCAAACUCACCUCAUCUUCACUAAACUGGAGAACAGCAUGUAUGUGCUGGUUGGGCAGCUCAGCGGACACAAUGCUCAGUGCCAGCUGGAGGCAGCGAGGUGUCUUCAUGAGCUCUCCAACUCUCCUCACCCUGGUGUGGGGCAGUCAUGCUUGGCUGCAACCCCAUAUCUUCUCACAUAUCUCUCCAGCCCGAGUGCCAAACUCACGGAGCUUUGCCUGUACACAUUAGGGAAUCUGUGGCCAGAGGAUGCUCUAGUAAAAGAGAAGCUGCUGGUCCAGGGGAUUGUUCCCGCUCUGGCUAACUGCAUUCAGAAUCAGAGGUGUAACCUGGCAGUGAUGGAGGCAGUGGGCUUUACAUUGUCCCAGCUGCUUCAGGAUAAAGAUGCAGCGGACGGCGUUAUUCCGAUGGUCAUGACCUCUGGUUUGGUCCCUCAUUUGAUUUCACUUCUGACUCCAGAUCCGGAGUUUGGUAUGGGAGCCGCCAUUGAAUGCGCCUGGUGUUUACAUUAUAUAGUAUCACGUACUGCUGAUACCUCCACCUUGAUAACUGAAGGACUCCUCUCACAGUGUAAUAAUCUGCUGAUUACACUAGGAGGGGCUGUUGCUAAAGGGAGCACUAAUGACGGUGUGGAAUUGCUGAUCUGGCCCCUGCUGCGCUGCCUGGGUAAUAUGUUAGCCAGCGGGGUGUGUGAGGCUGCAGGAUGCUCAGCAGGCGUAGAGGAUGUCCGACUCUUAGCUGCUCUGUGUGUGUUCACCCAGACUUACCUAACCUCCCACUGCGCUCUGAGCAGGGAGAGCCUGUGGGUCUUCAACAACCUCACAGCUGGUUCACUUGUGUUUUGUUCAGCUGUGCUGUUCUUGAAGAUGGUACCAGAUCUUCUCCAGCUUUUACCCUUUUCGAAUGGAAUCAAUACCAUGGUGCUAAGAGUUCUGGGUAAUGUUGCUCACAGUGGUCCAGGAUACUGUAUUCAGCUGGCACAAGCAGGUUUGCUCUCUGCCCUUUGUGCCACGCUCAAAAUGGCUGAUCCAGACAUAGUAACACUGAGCCUGGAGGUGCUGCAUAUGCUUACUGUCAGUUGCCCACAGGUAUCUGAAGAGUUUAUCAGGCUGGAUGGCAUUCCUCUACUAGAAGCAAUUCAAUAUAACAAUGACGAAGAGCAUCGUCUUAGGGCAUCUUUUAUCUUAGACUACUACCUGCAUGCUCAUGAAAUGGUUAGUACAGCCAUGUAGUACUGUGAUAAGGUCUGUUAGUGUAUAGUCAGUGUGUGCAAAUGUGUAAGAAGCACACAAGUCUAUGUACAUACUGUAUAGAGAUGUGUUGGUUAAUUGUGUGUCGUGCAGAAGGCUUUGUUUAUUACCUUUACCAGCUUUGUUGGAGGAGAUUACAUUUUCAUCUCCAUUUAUCUGUUCCAAAUGUAACUCGAAAAGUAGUGAAUGGAUUUUGGUGACAUUUUGAGGAAAAGUGAGCCAUGGGCGAAGGAACAAUUGAUUAGAUUUUGAUGCAAAUCCGAAUAUGUGGCUUGGCGGAGGUGUGUACUCUACCGAGUGCUCUUCUAGUGGAUACAGUUGUGCUUCAUUGAAUCAUUUGCUAAACAGUAGUCCAAUAAUACCCAGCUAGCAAACCGACAGUGGCUCAUUGUACAAUUUGUGUGACUAUCUUGGCUCUCCUAUGCAAUGCUGUCCCUAGAGAUAAAAUUACACUGAGCCAAUGUUGGCGCCUGAUGUUGGCCUAGCACCAGUUUGUUGCUUGGGUAACGUCCUCACUGCUGUGUUGUUGCAAGCUGGUAGUUGGGUCAGUCCUGGUCUGCAGCUCGGAGAUUAGGAACUUGUGUCUUAUACCAAUGCUGUUGUCAAUAUGCAUUUAAAAAAAAAAAAAGAUUUAUUUGACAGGUCCCUUAAGAUUGAUGUGAGGACAACCAAACAGAACCUGCGCUCCUCAGAUUUUUAAUGAUAGAACAAUAAUUUUUACAUUUGUACUGUUGUAUUAUUGUAUAGCAUCUUCAAAACAUGUCACUUAAUGUAUAUUUUCAAAAUAUUUUGUAAAUAAAGAGUUUUACAUUUGUACGUGCACAA